UAAGCUUACAUGAUAAUAAUAUUUGUUUUUUGUUCAUCAACAGAAUGCUGCGUACCUGAUCAUUCGAGGCAUGAAGACCUUGCAUCUUCGUGUGCAACAACAGAAUUCAACAGCAUUGAGGAUGGCCAAAAUUUUAGAGGCACAUCCUAAGGUGGCACACGCCUAUUAUCCUGGUUUGCCUAGCCAUCCUGAACAUCAGCUUGCCAAGAGGCAGAUGACUAGUUUCGGUGGUGUUGUCAGUUUUGAGAUUGAUGGAGACUUUAUGAGAACCAUUAAAUUCGUGGAUGCACUGAAAAUCCCAUAUAUUGCUCCAUCCUUUGGUGGCUGUGAGAGCAUUGUGGAUCAGCCAGCCACAAUGUCUUACUGGGAUCUCAGCCAGUCAGAUAGAAUCAAGUACGGGAUGAAAGAUAACUUGGUCCGUUUCAGCUUCGGAGUGGAAGACUUUGAAGAUCUCAAGGCAGAUAUACUGCAGGCCCUGGAGACCAUAUGGACUGUGGCCUGUUUCUGUUUUAUUUCCCAUGUCCAUUGUUGCAUUGGUGCUUCAAUUGACUUUUAUCACCAAUAUGUGAGUUGUGUGGCUCUUACUGUUGCUCUCCACUACCUUUUCACAUUUGCUACCCAAUUUGUUUAGGGUGUCAACUGUUAAAGUUUGAACAAAUAACGUCUAGGAUUUGAUAACAUUUUUCUAUAUUUAGGGUCGACAUAUACAUAUGUGCCGAGUGAGUCACACCAUUGAAGCACUGGAGUUGGUAUAUGCAGCAAUGACUGAAAAUCACACGCGCGCGUUUGAACGAUGUACCACUAGCAUAUUCAGUGACUUUUUCUUCUUCUUGGUCAAUAGCAAAAUCAAUAACUG